AUGGUUCUUGUAUACAUCAUUGUCUUCUCCUGUCGGGCUUCCCAGAAAUGGAAGCUUGAGAAUCUGGUGCACCAAGGAGGUGAAAAAGGAAUUGGCAAAACAACUGGCAAGAAGCUGUGCUACAAAGGCACUACGUUCCAUCGCGUGGUCAAAAACUUCAUGAUUCAGGGUGGGGACUUCAGCGAAGGUAAUGGAAAAGGAGGCGAAUCUAUUUACGGUGGCUAUUUUAAAGAUGAAAACUUUAUUCUCAAACAUGACAGAGCGUUCCUUUUGUCAAUGGCAAACCGAGGGAAACAUACCAAUGGUUCCCAAUUUUUCAUAACAACAAAACCUGCUCCUCAUCUCGAUGGCGUACACGUUGUCUUUGGCCUGGUUAUUUCUGGUUUUGAAGUAAUAGAACAAAUAGAAAAUCUGAAAACUGAUACGGCCAGUAGGCCCUACGCAGACGUCCGAGUGAUCGACUGUGGGGUGCUGGUUACGAAAUCAGCAAAAGAUGCUUUAGAGAAGAAGAAGAAAGUGUGUUCAGACUCAGAAGCUUCAGACUCCUCCUCCAGUGCGUCAAGCUCUUCAGAAAGUUCGUCUGAAAGCGAAGCUGAAAAUGAACGAAGCAGGAGAAGGAAGCGUAAGAGGAGAGCUAAAACCAAACAAUCGAGAAAGCGAAGAAAGGAAGAGAGGAAGAAAGAGGAUCCAAGGUGCAAACGAGCCUCAAACCAAAGACGCAGCCUUUCUGACAAGAGCGAUCUAACAGAAAAAGCGAGCGAUGUUUGCAUGAAGAGGGACAAACCCGUGGUACGUCCUGAAGAAAUACCCCCAGUGCCUGAAAAUAGAUUUUUACUAAGAAGAGAUGUGCCUGUUGUCAAUGUAGAACCUGAACCGAAGCUUCUCGAUACCACGCCGGUUCUGACUGACCAGAAACCAUCAGUCUCUAAAUCUGGACGGAAAAUAAAAGGAAGGGGCACGAUACGAUAUCACACCCCGCCUCGAUCACGGUCGUGCUCCGAGUCGGAUGAUGAUGAGAGCAGCGAGACCCCUCCUCACUGGAAGGAGGAGAUGCAGAGGUUACGAACGUACAGACCACCCAGCGGAGAGAAGUGGAGUAAAGGCGAUAAGUUGAGUGACCCAUGUACAAGCAGGUGGGAUGACAGAAGUGCAUCCCGGAGGUCAAGGUCUUGGUCACAUAAUGGUUAUUCUGAUCUAAGUACUGUGAGAUAUUCGAGCCAUCACAAAAAACACAGAAAAGAGAAAAAGAAGGUGAAACAUAAAAAGAAAUCCAAAAAGCAGAAGCAUUUCAAGAAGCACAAGCAAAUGAAAAAAAAGAAAACUUCGGCCUCGUCAGAUGUCGAAUCUUCUCAUUCCUUCCUCAGGAGGACAAAGUCGUCUUGUGAUCGUGAGAGGAAAUCUCGUUCUUCUUCCUUGUCUUCUAGACGUUCAUCCAGAAGAGACUGGUCUAAAUCCGAUAAGGAAGACCAGAGCUCAUCGACUUUAUCGAGCAGAGGGACUCGAUCAUACUACAGGUCCAGAUCCAGAUCUAGGUCGAAAUCAAGAUCUUAUUCCCGAAAAAGUUCUAGAUCGAGAUCAGCCUCUAAAUCAUCGCGUUCUCGAAGUAGGUCAAGGUCAAGUUCUAACCCUAGGCAUCAAAAGACAGUUUCCUGUUCUCCACCGGAUAUUUCAACGCGAUUAACUGAAAAUAAGUUGAACAAGACUGCUGAGCCUGUCAGAGCAGUUGUACUCCCGAGUGAUAAAGUCGUCGUGCCACCAGUUGUCCCCGAAAACCUCCCUGUUAUACCCUUAAGUGACAGCCCGCCGCCUUCGAGGUGGAAACCUGGGCAGAAACCAUGGAAGCCGUCUUAUGAGCGAAUUCAGGAGUUGAAAGCUAAGGCCACCCAUUUAAUACCCGCACAAACUAAUUACAAUUUAAUAGUCGUGAAAGAGACCAGCGCUUCCGCCUCGUAUCACAAGCAGCAGAGGAGUUCAGACAGCGAUCGCAGCCGUUAUUCCAAAUCUCGCAGCGACAGAAGCUCCGACAGUUGGCAGAGAUCGAGAAGCAGGUCCUCUCGAAGCCGGUCGUACUCGAGGUCUUACACAAGAUCUAGAAGCCCGUCUAGCUCCAGGACAAAAUCUCGUUCUUCCGGCAGAUCGCCGUCGCUGAGCAAAUACCGCAGUGACAGGUCAGGUUAUAGCGAGUCGACGUCGUCUUAUUCCCUCAGCAAUGACGACCGACACAGGAACAAGAGAAAAUCCACGUCGAGCGAUCAGAAAGCUCGGCCUCUUAAACUGAGGCAAGAAACCAGCUCUGAAGGUACUCUCCCUUACGAGUGUACGAAAGACUACGACGAGUCUUCUCAAGGACUGAAGGAGAGCAACAGUUCGUCAUCUUCCGACUUCUCUACUGACAGCGAGCGUUCUGCCAAGAUGAAGGUUUUCCAAGAAAAAGAAGGCCGUUUCCAAUUAGAGGGAGACGCUCAGAAACAGGAUAAAAACAUCUUAAGUUCCGAGAGAGGGGAGGAGAAGCCCAAGCGUGAGCGGGAUUCCGAUCGUGCUAAAAAGAAAGCAGCCAAGGAGAAAGCUUCCGAGCAGCCGAGAGGUGGUGCGAAAACGAAACGAAAAUCCUAUUCGAGUAGUAAAUGGGACUCGGAAUCAAAUUCCGAAAGAGGAGAGGCAAGGCCUAAGAGGGGAGAUUCCAGACCCUCCUCUAGUAAAGAAGAAGGAGAGGCCACAUCGGGAUCCGAUACGGAGCUCAGCGUUAGCAAAAGGAUCAAAAACCAAUCCAAUUCUUCGGAAGGUUUUCUGGAUUCCGAUCGCACGUGGAAGAUGGGCAAGCAGUUGUCGUCUUCGGAUUCUUGGAGUUCUUGUUCUUGCUCAGCAAACAUUAGAGUGAAGUCAAAAAACCGCAAGCACGGAUUGAAAAAAACCCUUAAAAAAUCACAUUCCAAAAAAGCGAAAGAAAAGUCGAAAGGGAAAAAGGAGAAGAAACACAAAGUUCAGAAAAGAAAGGAGAUGUUUCACUGGCAGCCCCCCCUGGAGUUCGGUGAAGAAGAUGACGAUGAGAUAAAUGAAAAGCCAGUUACCAAGGAUGAUAAAAAAGAAAAGCAACUUACCAGGGAUGUAAAUGAGAAAACCCAAGUUUAUGAAAAGGAAGAAAUAGUCAAAGAUAAAAUGGGAAACGGCGAAAAGUCUUGUGCGGAUGAAAACCUCUUAAGUAAAAAUACUACACAUGAUACGUCCCCAGCUCGCAGUAACCUUCACAAAGAGAGCCUCGAAACCGGUGCUUCAACCAGUAUUUUAAACUCGGCAAUAAACGUGUCUGCUUGGAAAAAUGAGAUAAAACAAGCUGAAGAAAGUAACCAGAAUGGGUUGGAAGACGUUGUGCAGACAGAUGACAACAUGGAGAUCUGUACUCCGGAUCGGAACUCCCCAGGGAAGGUCGACGUGGAUGUUUUGUCUCCUGUCCUUCUUGCUGCUAAACCUCAGCCUUUAAGUGCUAGUACAGACAAAGAUUUCCAGGCUGAGACCCCCGACCAAGAUGCUGCCAAACUAGGAGGCAAUAUUAUAGACUUCAGUAAUAGUAAAGAGGAAAAAGAAACGGGAAGGCAAGAAAAUAACUCUGUCCCUGUAUCUAGUGCUAAAGACUGUAGCUCGAAAAGUGAAACUGGUGAAAAUACACAAAGCAAUACAAUAGAUAAUAAGUGGAAGCCUUUGCAAGGUGUUGGUAAUUUACAGCCGGCGGCAAUUAGCGCUCCUGCGGAAGUUAAGAAUGUACCUUCGGCCCCAGAGCCCAAACCAGCAGGUUUAAGAAUUGAAAUCAAAGCGAAAAAUAAAGUAAGGCCUGGCUCUCUGUUUGAUGAGGUUAGAAAAACAGCGCGGUUAAAUCGAAGGCCGAGGAACCAAGAAAGUUCCAGUGAGGAAGAAUCUCCUGGUCGGGAUGACAAUAGCCCGUCCAGGAGUCUCAGUAGGUCACGAAGUAAAUCCGAAUCGAAAUCCAGACACAGGACACGGUCCUUAUCCUACAGUCACUCGAGAAGUCGAUCGCGAAGUUCUACGUAUUCAUACAGGUCAAGAAGCUACACGAGAAGCCGAAGCAGAGGCUGGUACAGUAGAGAUCGGUCAAGAAGUCGAAGCAGUUCCUACCACAGUUACAAGAGUCGGAGUCGAACCUACACUAGGAGUAGAUCCAGAAGCAGUUCCUACGGUCAUCACAGUCGAUCCAGUAGGUCAUACACGUAUGAUAGUUACUACAGCAGAAGCCGAAGCAGAAGUAAAAGGAGCGACAGCUAUCGAAGAUCUCGAAGUUACGACAGGCGAUCCAGAUCUUACGGCUCUGACAGCGAAAGCGACCGCAGCUACUCGAACAAUCGGAGUCCCAGUGAAAGCAGCAGAUACAGCUGA